UGUCAUAUCCCCAUAUUCUCAAAUCUCAAUUCAUUUCACGCUUUUGCAUCAAAAGUCAUUUUUUUUUCCUGUUAAUCCGCCAUGAGCGAACCUCGAAAGAACCAGGUUUCAUUGCGAGGCUCAAGUGCGAAGGAGAUUUCGAGGGAUGUGCUUUUGGAAAAAGUUUCACAAGAGAGAGCGUUGAGGAAUUUUACUCGGCGAGCUACUGCUGCCGCGCGGUUAAUUCAGGUCAGUGAAUCGGGAUUUAUUAGCUUAAAAAUAGCCUCCACUUGCUCUUUGGAAUCCAUAGUUGGUGUACGAAGUCUUGUAGAUGAGCCUACUGAUGAAGAUGGAGAAAACAUUAAUCAAGGUGGUGGUAAUGUAUUUUCGACUAAGGGAUUUACAAAUUGGCAUAGCAAGGAUAGUUUUGCUACACAUAUUGGUCCACCGAAUAGCGUUCAUAAUCAAUCCAAAAGAAAGUGUGAAGAUAUCAUGCGAGAACAACAAUCCAUUCAAGCCGCAUUUUACAAGUUGGAUGAUAAAAAUGUUUUAGGAAUCACAAAUGAUCUUAAUGCUUCAUUACAGAAAAAGGAGCAAGGCAUUGCAAAUGCCAUGAUUCUUGUAAAGGUAGAAGCAUUUUAUAUCAAGCAUGUCAUUUCAUUACCCAAUUUUGAUGAUCCAUAUGCUAAUUCUGAGAGAUCACGACGUAAAGUAGUUAUUUGUACUACUUUGCAUCAUUAUCGUGUGGAUGUGUUUUAUAAAAUCAUUGAUUGGCAACUACAAGAACUUAAUGAUCGUUUUAAUGAGGUGACAAGUGAUUUGCUUAAUGGAGUAUCUUGCUUGAAUCCAAUUGAUUCAUUUUCUAGUUUUGACAUAAAGAAGAUAAUGAGAAUGGCUGAAAUAUAUCCUGAUGAUUUUGAUGGCUCCAACAUGAGAGCUCUUGAGAAUCAACUUGUUAAUUAUAUUAUUGAUGUUUGUGAUAUUGAUGAAAGGUUCUCCAAUUUGAGAGGACUUGGAGAACUUUCAAGAAAGUUGGUUGAGACAAAGAAGCAUUUAACUUAUUCUCUCGUAUUUCUUUUAGUGAAGUUUGCUUUACUUCUAGUUGUUGCCACUGCUACAGUUGAAAGAGCUUUUCGACAGAGUCGGGUCAAAAAACAAACCCGCUCAACCAAUUGUCAUAUCCCCAUAUUCUCAAAUCUCAAUUCAUUUCACGCUUUUGNGACAACUGCAAGUGCAAUUACUUUAGCACUACGGCCAUUUCAUGUCAUGAAUCUAGUUGCGGAUAAUAAAAAUGACUUGCUAGAAGUUCAGAGUGCUGCGGAGCAAUACUGUAUUUAUCUACUCACAAUACCCUGGUUUGCUCAACGGUUACCAGUGGUGUUGAUUCCUCCUUUGAAACACAAGUCUGUGUUAACACCUUGCUUGAGGAUACUAUUGAUGUCAAAGGAGCAAAUUCUAAAGGAUAUGUCAGAUAUGGAUCAGAUGACAAGUUCUUCUCACAACAGGGUGAUGCCACCAGUUGGUUGGGCUCUUGGAAAUUUUAUAUACCUUGCUGCAGGCAGUGAAAGCAAUAACUUAGAUUCUGGAAAGUUAGUGUCUGGUUUAGACCGUCAAUCCUAUGUCCGUGUAGUGAUUAUGCUGAUGGAGAAAUUAUUGUCUCAGAUUGAAAGGGCUGGAUGGGUGAGAAAGGAGAACCAAGAAGUUCAAGGUGACGGAAAUUCUGUUGAAGUCGAGACAACUUUUGGAUCCUUAAAGAUGUCGUAUAUGAGCCUCUUUAAGCCUGUUUGGCUGCAGAGGCAUCUGAUGGAACUUUUAGUGUUGGAGAAAGAUGGUCUCAUUCAGAAAGCUGAAAGUUUACCCUUAUGCAGAGCAGAAUCUUCGGGGAGCUGUGAAUUGCUCGAUGUUGCUUACUACUAUUCAUGGAUGCUCAGAAUAUUUUCUAUUUUGAAUCCGGUGCUAGGGGCAAUGCCAGUCCUCAACAUGCUGUCUUUUACUCCCGGGUUUCUUUCCAACCUGUGGGGAACCCUCAAUGAAUCACUUUUUCAAGGAAAGAAUCUUGUCAGUAAGGGCAAAUAUUUGGAUGAAAGUACAAUUUCUGAAAACAAGAUUCUUGAAGCUUCUGAGAGAAAGCAAAAACAUUCUUCUAAAGAUAUAGGCAGCAAAUGGGCUAGCGUAUUUCAAAAGAUAACUGGGAAAUCACAAACUGAGUUCAAAAGUGUGGAUCCAGUUGAUGGAAAAUCAAAAGCAGUGCACAUUGACAAGCAUUAUCCUGAUAUGUGGGACAUUGAAUUGCUAAGGCAGGGUCCUGAUGGCCUAUCAAAAGAUUUGUCUUGUCUACUACAUCUGUUUUGCGCUAGUUAUUCACACCUGUUGUUAGUUCUUGAUGACCUAGAGUUUUAUGAGAAACAGGUCCCCUUUACAUUGGAGCAGCAGCAGAAAAUUGUGUCGGUGCUGAAUACAUUGGUUUAUAAUACAAUGUCUCACAGUACUGGUCCUAAAACUAGACCUCUGACAGAUUCUGCUAUCAAAUGUCUUCAUUUAUUGUAUGAAAGGGAUUGCAGGCACCAAUUUUGCCCUCCCACUUUGUGGCUUUCACCAGGUAGAAAUAAUCGGCCACCCAUUGCUGUAGCUGCUAGGACUCAUGAAGUUUUGUCAGCUACUUCAAACGGUGAUGAUGCCUCAACCACUUUGAGCAUGGGCUCCAUCAUUACUGUUAUCCCACACAUCUUCCCAUUUGAAGAAAGGGUUGAGAUGUUUAGAGAAUUCAUCAACAUGGAUAAGGCAUCGAGAAAAAUGGCUGGUGAAGUUCUUGGACCUGGUGGACGUUCCGUCGAGAUAGUAAUUCGUCGUGGUCAUAUUAUUGAAGAUGGAUUUCAGCAACUAAAUAACUUAGGAUCAAGGUUAAAGUCCGGCAUCCAUGUCUCUUUCGUGAAUGAGUCUGGUCUUCCAGAGGCUGGCCUGGACUAUGGUGGGUUAUCCAAGGAAUUCUUGACAGAAAUAGCCAAAGCAGCCUUCUCACCUGAGUAUGGGCUAUUCACACAGACCUUCACUUCAGAUAGACAUCUAAUUCCUAAUACAGCUGCAAGAUUUUUGGACAAUGGAAUUCAGAUGAUCGAGUUUCUGGGGAGAAUCGUUGGCAAAGCACUCUAUGAAGGAAUAUUGCUAGAUUAUUCCUUUUCACAUGUUUUUGUCCAAAAGCUGUUGGGCCGCUAUAGCUUUCUUGAUGAAUUGUCUACACUUGAUCCUGAGCUAUACAGGAAUCUUAUGUAUGUUAAGCACUAUGAUGGUGAUGUCAAGGACCUCGCAUUGGAUUUUACAGUUACUGAGGAGUCAUUGGGGAAACACAUUGUUAUUGAGCUUAAACCUGGUGGCAAGGAUAUUUCUGUAACAAAAGAAAACAUGUUGCAAUAUGUUCAUGCAAUGGCAGAUUUUAAAUUAAAUCGGCAGAUACUUCCUUUCUCAAAUGCAUUUUAUAGAGGACUGACGGACCUUAUAUCCCCUUCCUGGUUAAAGUUGUUUAAUGCAAGUGAAUUUAAUCAGUUGCUUUCAGGGGGAAACCAUGAUAUUGACAUUGAUGAUUUAAGGAAGAAUACACGCUAUACUGGAGGUUACACCGAAGGAAGUCGGACAGUUAAACUCUUUUGGGAGGUAUUUGCGAGUUUUGAACCAAAAGAACGGUGUUUGCUGCUUAAGUUUGUGACAAGUUGUUCGCGAGCUCCUUUGCUUGGAUUCAAAUAUCUGCAGCCAACCUUCACCAUUCACAAGGUUUCUUGUGAUUUGCCUCUAUUGGCGACAUUCGGGGGACAGGAUGUUGAUCGGCUUCCUUCAGCGUCUACUUGCUACAACACCCUCAAGCUUCCAACAUACAAACGCCAGAAUACCUUGAGAGCAAAGCUUCUGUAUGCUAUCAAUUCCAAUGCUGGUUUCGAACUUUCAUAACUAUUGCGCAGGUUUUGUGAUCAGAUCAAAGAGAGGUUGGUAGAUGUCGAAGACUACAAGCUUGAUGCCAGGAAGCUUGCUCUUUAACUUUUGAGAUGUACUGUUUAGCUUCUUGUUGAAAGAGAUAGCAUCUUUGUUCAGUUUUGCAACACACUCAUUGGUUCCUCUGCCGAACAAAGUGAUGGCAGCUGGCAAACAACCAGUUGGUGGCAGAGUUGUAACCCCAAUCCUCCUUGCUCCCAGAUCAUAGAGGUUCUGUACAUUGAUCGCUGCUGAUAUUAACAUACUGAUUGGCUUGUGUAAAUGAAUACACAUAAUAUUUCUUAGUUUGUGAUAUAUAAAUACAGCUUGAUCUUAUUUCUUAGUUUCAGGAUAAGUCUACCUGGUGGUCAAGUGUAUGUCAUCCUUGUACAUCCUGUAACAAUCCUAAUUUUCUGUAAUUUGAUAAGUGCUUAUUAUGAUUCGUGCAUGUGCUUGCUUGCUC